AUGCUUCGCAUACUAAGAUUGAAAGAGUUGGUCAUAGUUCUGUUGUCUCUGCUAUGCCAUAUACUUGCCGCGGAAGGACGGUUGUACCAAGCAUAUGUGCGGCAGGAACUUGCGGCAUUAGUUAUCACCGCCCAACCAUCAACGUCAACUGAAAAUUUACCGUCAGAAACACCCUUCAGCCGAACAGACGCAAAUGGAGAGGUGGAAGUGGUACUGUACAUCCCGACGGUCUCAGAUGACGCCUCAGGCGGGAGCUCAACUUUUAACCCGAUCUCUGGCAUGUUGCCCACAUCUUCAACUGUUACACCUCCAUUUAGAACAUCCACGUCACCACUGAACGAGAAUGAUCAAACUUAUGAGCAAACUCCAGUUCAUCCGCCAAUUACUCCGCAAAUCACGUCCGCCUUCACUAUUACUGGAAUUCUUCUAAUAUCGAGCGGUACAGUUUACACAUUCACUGGGGUGAAAUGCAAAAAGCUACAAAUCUCUUUUUCUGCUGCUUAUCUCACCAGUAUAUCAGUAACAGUUCUAAUAUUAUAUUUCAUGAACUUGCCAGUUAGUAGCGCUAUCCAAGUAGCGUAUGUUGCUGCUGCAACUAUCACUGGUCUUAUAUUCGGCUAUAUUUCGAUUCUAUUUACUGAAGUAACUGAAGGACUGGGCUGUCUCUUUGGAGGAUUCUGUGUCAGUAUGUGGCUCUUGGUUCUGCGGCGCGGUGGACUGUUGACAGGAAUAAAUAUGAUUAUUCUCAUAUCUAUUCUGACUACCGGAGCAUUCGCAACUUCAUUCUUUCAUCAAAUCAAAAAACAUGCUUUGAUUAUUUUUACAUCAUUUGGAGGUGCAACGUCAAUAAUACUAGGAAUCGAUUGCUUCAGUACUGCCGGCUUAAAAGAGUUUUGGGUAUUUCUGUGGGAUCUCAACUCUAACUUGUUUCCACCUGAUACAGCAUCCUACGCACUAAAUCGCAAAAUGAAGGUUGAAAUAUCUUCCAUCUUAGUCAUAGCUCUGGCCGGUAUUUUAUCACAAAUGAAGCUUUGGGACAUAUUCCAGGCGCGUCGUCAACAUAGAAGCAUUGAAAAGUUACCGGAUGAAAGGCACACAAGAGACGAAGAAGAAAGCAUGGGGAGAAAAAUCGAAAAAAAUGAAGCUCUAGCUGGUCAUCAGUGGGAAGCUAUAAUUAGUAGCGAUAAAGAAUUCUCUGGUUCCCGAGCAAGGUCGGACUACACUGAUCAGUACGCUACUAAGAAGGGAUCUAUCAGUACAACUGGCUCUCUCGCUUAUCCAACUGACACCGAAAUUGAAAUGACCAAGCUUAUUACUUCCCCAGCCGGUAUAUCAAUAUGUGAUCGACCAAAUAUCAGCCCUUCUGGUGUUCCUGUAUCACAAAAUUCGAGAGGAGCGGAAAUCUUACACGAGAAAAGUACGCGACCGGUACCAAACUCAAGUUUUGAUGGUUCUGAAGUAAAUAAAAAAAUAAAAAAAUCCAGUAGCAUCAGUGAAGAAACUCUGGCAGGGCACUCAACAAUUCAAGCAUCUCAAGUUAUGAGAAAGAGGACAACUACUGAUGAAAAACCUACAAACUCUUCUCCAAAAUUUGCAAAUAUUCUUCGCAUUAAUUCUAUGUCCCAAGAGCGCCAAUACUCAAUUGAUACAGUAGCAACCAUCGGUGAUCAAGAUAAACUAGAUAGGGAAGAGAUAAAUUCUGACAACUUUUCACGAGAAUCGACUCUCUUGCAAAAUACAUCAGUGUCCUCAAAGCCUGAAUAUACGUCAAACGGUCUUGAAUUUAAAUCGGAUUCCAAUAUUCAAAGCUUUGUUAGAACUCCCUUCGAUGAUGAAAUUGAUGAUAGACGGAGCUCAAUAGCUGCUACGGUUGACGAUCUUAGCGAUGAUGAGGAAUUGAGAGGUACAGGUGCUAUAUUAUCGGUUCCUCCAAUACAGACAAGUUUUGUCACCAGAAAAUAUUCCUCUUCCUAUUGUACGAUACAAAAAGAAUCUAAUUUAGAGAGACCGGCUUUUAAUGACUUAGGUGAACAUACGCCUGAACAUGACUCUGAGACCUGUAAUUGCCCACGAAGUUCGAUUUCCUCGAUGUUAAGUAUCAAACCAAAGGUAGAUAUAAAUAAUAUUGGAAUAGAGAAACAGUGUCCAGAAAAUGAAGAAUAUCGUAAAUCUAUGGUUUCAACAGAUCCAUCCCAACCAAUAGGAAUAACCAAGGAUAGUCUACCUACCAAGCUUUCAAGAGUUGUUAUGUCUCACCGUACCAGUGAGUGGACGAAACAUUUAAGUCAAGCAGAAACUCCUGAUAUUGAAGACUUAACUCUAAUUGGCCAUUCGGAAGAUUCAGAAUCUGACAAGGCUGAAAUACCUGUUCCUGUAAAGUUUGAAGAAUUACAGCAGACGCAGGAUUUUGCGUUUUCUCUCUCUCCACCACGCUCUCUCUCGAAAAGACCAAGCUCUAAGUUUGUUGAAGUUAAGACUAGCGCAGCCACUGUUGAGAGAUCAAAUGUUACGAGAUCUCAUAGAAAAGAAAAUAUACGGAAUAUUCCGUCGGAGAAUAAUAGAUCACCACAAUCUUCGGCAGCUUCGUACCGUGGAAAGCGGAGAUCAUUGACUCACACAUACCUCUCAGGGGCCGUUAUGGGUCACGAAAACGAUUCCAAAUCUAAAUUCCCCGAUCAAGCGAGGGCUGUUGCCGCACCACCCCAAUCGCAUCAAAAUGUUAUUCGAAGCCGUUGUAAUACUUUGAGCAGUAAACGAGACUCGAUAAUUAAAAAUAGCAAUACCAAGAAAAUUUCACCCAGCAUUUCCACCCCGGAUCUAGGUCCAGCAGUCCCAUUAACAUCGGCAGGACUACGCAUAAAAAGUAGCGAGCCAGAGGAUACGCUUAGUAAGACUCAUAUUAAUUAUAGCAGAAAUAGACCUUUGUCUCAUCGGGAUAACUUGACCCGGCCAUCCUCGCUGGCCAUAAGUGCUCAUGGGUCUGGUACAGCUAUAUCUGGAAGUGUACUUAAGACGUUUGACUCGCACCAGCCUCAAAGAAAAUCUUGCGUUAUUAACUCUCAAGUACGGGAACAUCAACUAGCCUCUUGGCGUGCCUCAGUACAGCAAGAUCUUCAAGCAGCCUUGCCCCCAACUGAUCGCAUUGAGCAGCAGCGGACUAUGAUGCGUGAAAGUCGAAAAUUAGAAGAAAUAAGGCAAUUGACAGAGGAGCGAAAGAAGGGUGCAAGAGAAGAAGCUUGGGACGAAAUGAUGAGGAGUGGCGAAUUGCUGGAUGCACAUCGUGAGGCCCUUCGACGGCUGCAAAACAAGGCUAAUCAGAGCGUAACCCAAUUAUAG